AUGGUUCUGAUGGGCCACGGUCAGAGCGAGGGAGAUAGGAUGAUCAUCAAGGACUUCCAGGUGUACGUCCGGGACUCUCUGCAGCACAUCGACCUGAUGAAGGCCCAGCACCCCUCUCUGCCUGUCUUCAUCCUGGGCCACUCCAUGGGCGGGGCCAUCUCCAUCCUGACAGCGAGUGAGAGAGCCAAUGACUUUGCGGGCGUGGUACUGAUCUCUCCCCUGGUCCAGAUGAACCCGGAUUCAGCGACGCCCUUCAAAGUGUUUGUGGCCAAGGUGAUGAACCAGUUGGCCCCCAGCCUCCCUCUGGGCUCCAUCCAGUCCAAUUGGAUCUCACGGGACCACAAAAAGGUGGAGGCGUACGACCAGGACGCGCUCAACUACCACGGCGGGCUGCGCGUGUCGUUCGCCAUGCAGCUGAUGGGGGCGGUGGAGCGCAUCCAGCGGGUGAUCCCGGCCAUCGCCUGGCCCUUCCUGCUGCUCCAGGGGGACACCGACAAGCUGUGCGACAUCAGCGGCGCCCGGCUGAUGUUCGAGCAGGCGGCGAGCGCCGACAAGAAGCUCAAGGUAUAUGAGGGAGCCUACCACGCUCUUCAUCACGAACUACCAGAGGUUUCCGAGUCGGUCCUCAAGGAAUUAACGUCAUGGUUAACAGAGCGACUGUCACCUCCCCAAUAAGAAUCCUAUGCUCCACCCACUGUACCCAGCCUCAGCCCGACAAAGCCCCCUAGGCUCCACCCACUGUACCCAGCCUCAGCCCUACACAGCCCCCUAGGCUCCACCCACUGUACCCAGCCUCAGCCCUACAAAGCCCCCUAGGCUCCACCCACUGUACCCAGCCUCAGCCCUACAAAGCCUCCUAGGCUCCACCCACUGUACCCAGCCUCAGCCCUACAAAGCCUCCUAAGCUCCGCCCACUAUCCAGCCUCAACCCUACGGUAAAUAAGAAUUGACUCCGCCCACUAUUGCUCAACAGCCAGCCUACCACUGAAGGACACUUCAACCACUGACUCAUGCCCAUCGCAAGACCUCAACCACGUCACUAGGGGUCAACCCCAAACAGCAGAGGCGGCCUAAAGCUCAGGCUGACUCUGCCCACUAUCCUGACCGCAACCCUAGAGCACAGACUUGCAGACUCCUCCAGCACUGAUGGCUCAAUGCACUUCAGUUUUUUCCCCAGGCUUUCCGGGCCAAGGUCCUGCCCCUCGCAGUCACCCGCCCCCCGGCCCCAAGCCCAGCGUGCCCUGCGUGUUGUUCCGCCGUCCCACACUGUUUUUACUGGUCUCGGGAAAACCACCAAGAAAACAUCUGUGUUGGGGCCCCACUCGCAUAGCUGAGGAUAAUCUAUCAAAGCUGGGUCUCUGCUGAGAGAUAAAAUACCACUUUACAACAUGGCAUUGAUCUAUGUCUACGGUUAAUAUUAUUUUUUAUUAUGUGUUGUUGUCCCCAGAAGGCUUUUAUUUUGAUGGACUAGCCUAUUAUGAAGUGACUGACACCCCAACACCUGGCAUCCAUAGCACUACUCUGGUCACGAAGGUCGAGGGGGAAUUAAAUUAAUUAAAAAACAUUAGAGCAUCUAACAACUUCCCUCCCGCUCUCUCCUAUAAAUAUUGAUCUUUCCGUCAAUAUUCACUCACCACAGCAUGGAGGGUCAGGGAGCCAAAUGCCUCUCACACGCACCCCCGUGACCCUUGACCUUGGCAGGGUCACGGCCGAGAGCAACAAUAGAGGAUGACCCCAGAUGUCAUUUGCUCUUUAUUAAGGCAGUGAAGACGGCAUCUGUGGCCCAGCCUGAAGACAAGUGAAGUCGUCUUCAGUGUCUUACUGAUGAUCAUCUUAGUUUACACAUCCUCACCUCAGGCCUCGUUCAUUUAGUGUUUAUUUUCUUCUGUCUUUUACCCUGCCGUUUCUGGCAUGCAAUUUCUUUGGCGUGUCUCUGACCUUGGUUGGGUAGUUGGGUAUCCCAUCCCUUUGCCCCAGUGUUGUUUAUUUACAUUCCCUGUCUUUUUUCGCAGCUGGUCUUGCCUCUUGCAAGCUGUAGUCUCAGACUGAUCCAGCUACGUCCUGCAUUCCACGAGUUGUCUGACCUGAUUCGACCUUGGAUCAUGAGGUGUGGGGGGGGGGGGGGGGGAACGCUCACAUUGCGCAACAUUUUCCCCGUAGGGAUCAGAGAUCAUGGUAUGGAUUCUAUUGAUAUUUGGGUUAUGGUUUGUUUUCCAAAGUACCUUAAUUAAGACUCCCUUUGGCCACGAGUACAUUUGAGAUGUUUUAAGUUCAGUCGAAAUAGAUCACUAACAACUGUUUGGACUGUUCUACUUUUCUUUACCUCCGUACUACAAACGAAUUGCAGCAGGAAUUCUGGGCGUCACUCCUUACGGUAUCCAUGGUGAACCUUCUCAUGCGUUGCCACGGAAACAUCCUUCUUUUUCUUUCCGCUUUUUUUUUUAUUCCCAUAUGUUAAGUUACCCAAGGUAGCAGGUUUAUUGAACAAUACAUCCUCUCUUUCUUUAAGCACUAUACAUUUUUUUAUCAGUGCUUUUCGACUCUUUUUCAAAUCCCUCUAUUGUGUCUUUUUCUGUUGUAGCCCUGUAUUCAUAUUUCUCCUCUGACCGUGUCAGGAACCAGGGUGUCUCGUAGUUAGUUUUUUUAUUAUCUCAACCCUUUCAUACUGCACAGAAGUGGCAGGUCCCAAUUCCCCCCCCCCCCCCCAAGUUGCCGUGGAGACAAGCAGGCAUUGUUCUGCCUUCACAGAGGCUGUUGUUUCUAUUCCAUUGUCGUGGUGCCAUAAUGGCCCCACACCGCCCCCAGUGGUCAAUUAUCACCACUGCAGGAAGGUUCGAAAUUUGAAGAGAUGUCAUUUGUUCGAGACAACAUCCCACAGCUCAGACAAUUCCACUGGGACAUAUUCCAAGAGUCCACUGGGAAACACUUGACAAUCCACAUUGUUAUACUCGACUGUUAUGGCUGCGUGGGCCGUCGCGGCGGUAGGGUGUGCGUUGUUAUAUGUGCACCACCUGUGAUGUCACACGUACAAAUCGAGCCGCCGCGAUUAGCAUCGGACGGCAGUGGCGAGAGAGAGAGAGAGAGAGAGAGAGGGGGAGUGAGCGAGAGGCUGACUCUUUCCGUAACCAUGGCAGCACCUUUUUGAAAGGCAAACUUGAGGAGUAUGUGUUUGUUAACGACCCAGAUCAGGUCUGGCCAGCAGCCAAUGAUGUCGUUCCCUUGUUCUAAAGGCUCAAAGGGAAAAGGGGAAACCACACACGGAUGAACAAGCAAACAACCAUGUGUACUAGCAUCCAUAUCGCACUCGCUCUCUCUCGCUCCGUUUCACCAGGAAACAAUUUCAGAAUUGAUUUGUGAUUGCAGGUGUAUUUAGAUCUAUCUUUAUUUCCUGAGAGUUUAUGGCCCAUACCCUUUUACGGCUGCUCUUUGAGGUCUUUAUGGCCUGAUAUAUGAUGAGAUGAUGUAAAUAACAUAGGAGGACAUGGGUAGGAGACGACGCAGAUUUUUUUAAAGGCAAAGCCACAACACAAAGAAACAUUACAUCUAAUUGGUCCAAGGGUUAAAAUCGUUCUAUCAAAGUGCCACGUAAUUGGACAGCAGGUUUGAAGACAGCAAUAUUCUUUAAUAUUAAAAAAAAGGAAGAUUGAACUUUACACAAUGACUGUUUCCUCUGUGAGCUGUUGCAUGUGAAAUAGUGGUUUGAAAACCUUAGCCAUGUAGCUCUUUCGUGUUUGACUUUAGUUUUCCCUAUAACGUAUAAGGAAAUUACACUUAACCUGAGCGAGACAGGUUGCGGUGGUUGGUCCUCAGGCAAAAUACAUAUUAAAGACCAAUAGAACUGUUCAACCUGCACUUUGUAGCUUUCCUACUGCAGCUAUUGACUAGAACUCUCACUACAACGCAAACCACUAGAUGGUGCUAAAUGGGUAAACGUACAUAGUGCAGGUUUAACUUUGGAAAGAUAGGACCACAUUAGUGAAAAUAAUGGUUGAUGUGUCAAUCUCUGAAGCACAGGGCUUUCUAUCAGUUUAGCUCUGGGAUAACUCAUCAAUUAAUAAAGCUAUAAUGUAUAUAGAUCAUUACUUUUUUUUU